GCGAUUCUAUUACACACACCACACACAGUGCCAGAAUCAUAUUUUUACGUUUGUGUGUGCGCGCGCGCGGAUAUGUCUGUAUCCAUCGUUUCCUUGAAGUUUCCUAAUGUCGCUGGCUAUCCGUCUGAUCAUGUUGGAUGUUAUUUGUUUGAUCCAUUCGCGUGCGGAAAAGCUGUUUGAUUCUCUGUUUCGAGAUCUAAUCUAAAAGGGUAACUGAAAAAUGCAAAAGAGGAAAUUUUUACGUGGUUUAAAUCAAAUACCAUUUUGCCAGAUUUGGGAGAAAUAGACAACGUUUUCUGGAAUUUGAGCAGAUCCAUUUUCAGGGUUUCCGUUCAUUUUGAGCUUGCAUUGAGCUCUUAUGUUGCUAAAGGUUAAGUGGCAGCUAGAAGUAAAAGCAUUUGUUCUUGAGCUCUUAAGGGAGAUUUCGAUUGAUGGAUAAGGAGAAGAUUCACUAUGGUACUGGGAGUUUACUACCUCCACCAGGGAGGUACUCUGCUUUCUCUCCACCCAAUAGUAGUUAUAACAUGAAGUCAGAGCUAUCAGGAUCAUCCAAUUUGCCUCCAGUAGGGGCAGGCAGUUCAUCAGAGCAGGGUCAUUUUGGUCAUGGGAUGUCUGAUUCUAGCCGAUUUAGUCAUGAUAUAAGCCAGAUGCCUGACACUCCACCCAAGAAUCUGGGCCACCGACGUGCUCAUUCCGAGAUUCUAACACUUCCGGAUGAUAUUAGCUUUGAUAGUGAUCUAGGUGUUGUAGGUGGAUUGGAUGGACCUUCUUUUUCUGAUGAGACUGAGGAUGACCCGCUGUCAACGUAUAUUGAUAUGGAUAAGUUCGAUUCAACUACUGGACUUUCUGAAUUCCAAGUGGGUGACUCAUCUACUUUGGCAGCAAAGCAAGGUUCCUCGUCUACUCCUGCAAUUGAAUCAUCCAACCCAUCAUCUGAUAAUGUGGCUACAGCUUCAAAUGAGAAGCCAAGAAUUAGGCAUCAGCACAGCCAGUCCAUGGAUGGGUCUACGACUAUCAAACCAGAGAUGCUCAUGUCAGGUUCAGAAGGUCCAUCUCCAGCUGAGACUAAGAAAGCAAUUUCUGCUGCUAAGCUUGCUGAGCUUGCCCUUAUUGAUCCAAAGCGUGCUAAGAGGAUUUGGGCAAAUAGGCAGUCAGCGGCAAGGUCGAAGGAAAGGAAGAUGAGGUAUAUCGCUGAGCUUGAAAGGAAACUCCAGAGUUUGCAAACAGAAGCAACGUCUUUAUCUGCACAGUUUACCUUAUUGCAGAGGGACACCAAUGGCCUUACAUCUGAAAACAGUGAACUCAAACUGCAGUUGCAAACGAUGGAACAGCAAGUGCAAUUGCAAGUUGCUUUGAAUGAUUCACUGAAGGAAGAGAUCCAGCAUCUGAAGGUGCUGACUGGUCAAACCAUUCCAAAUGGUGGACCUAUGAUGAGCAUCCCCACAUCAUAUGGGUCUAACCAGCAAUACUAUCCCAACAAUCACACUGUAAACACAUUACUAACUGCUCAAAAACUACAGCAGCUCCAAUUGCAUUCUCAGAAGCAGCAUCAUCAGUUUCACCAGCAUCAUCUGCACCCAUUUCAGCAGAAACAAUUGCAGCAGCCGCAGUCAAAAUCCUCAGUGCAGGAACAGGAACAGCAGCUGCAACAAACUGGAGAUGUGAAGCUCAGAAGUUCGUUGCCAUCUUCCAUUUAAAGAGACCUUUCUCUUUGUACAUCAUCCAAGGAUUAGAAAUGGAAACAGGCAUGUUUCUUCAUUCUCGGAACUUUUGUGUAUGUGCCGGAAUGUUGGUGCCUGUCAGUAACUUUUCGAUUAUUCCGUUCAGUUGGUACAGAUGCCGAUCAUAAAGCAACUGUCCAUGUCAUCUGCGGGUUUGCUCUCCUUUGUAUUUCCGCAUGGUGCAUGACGGAUGGUACUUUUCUGGAUUCCGGAUCUUCUGUAUAACUUUCUAAUUACCAGGGUUCUGCUGCACACUGCAAAAUAUCUAACAUGACCCUGAUACUUCAGCUUGAAUUAGGGAGGUAAGGCUGGAUACCUGGGGAGAAGCCUAGCUUUAAGGAUAUAUGUAGAUAUAGAGAGUUAUAUGCUACUUGGGAUGCCUUUGGGAUCAUAUGUAUUAUUUGAAAUAAACCAUGUAAAUGAAUGUCUAGGAAUUCAUUUUCUGUAUUUGUUGGUUAUUAUGACUGAGCUCAAAGCUCAACUAUAUUACUUUCUUAAUAAUAUAUUUUGUGUUGGAC